UCUGUUUUUCUACUAGUUGAACUUCAACUCAUGCAUGAUAAUGUUUUUGGGGAGCUUAAAAUUGUUUAGUUGAAUUAUUGAGGAGGAAGAUGGGUUUUGUGUUAGUGUUAGUUAGCAUGGUUUUGGUGUUGGGUUGUGGUGGUGGUGAGGGUAAAGAGUGCACAAACCAGCCUACACAAUCACACACAUUUCGUUACCAUUUGUUAACAUCUAAAAACCAAACAUGGAAACAUGAGGUAAUGUCACAUUCACGCUAUCAUUUGACUCCAAUAAGGAACAUGUCCUUGAAUGAGGAACAAGAAGAAGAAGAAGAAGGGCAAGAUGAUGAUUGGACAAUGCUGUAUGGGAGAAUGAAGAUGAAGAAGGAACCAGAGGGUUUACUGAAAGAAGUUUCGUUGCAUGAUGUGAGGUUGCAUGGAGGUUCAAUCCAUGGUCAAGCACAGAACACAAACUUGAAGUAUCUGUUAAUGUUGGAUGUUGACAGGUUGAUUUGGAGCUUCAGGAAGACUUGUGGUCUCCCUACUCCUGGAACACCAUAUGGAGGCUGGGAAGAUCCAACCAUAGAAGUUCGGGGUCAUUUUGUUGGGCAUUAUUUGAGUGCAUCAGCUCUUAUGUGGGCCAGCACACACAAUGAAGCAUUGAAGAAGAAAAUGUCAGCACUUGUUGCAAAUCUCUCUAUCUGUCAGCAGAAGAUUGGGACAGGAUACCUUUCUGCAUUUCCAUCUGAGUUCUUUGAUCGUUUUGAAGCAAUUCAAUACGUUUGGGCUCCCUAUUAUACCAUUCACAAGAUCAUGGCUGGCCUUUUGGAUCAACAUUCCAUAGCUGAGAACCCUCAAGCUCUGAAAAUGGUGACAUGGAUGGUUGAUUAUUUUUACAAGAGAGUGAGGAAUGUGAUAAGAAAGUACAGCAUAGAUUGGCAUUAUCAAACCCUGAAUGAGGAAACUGGAGGAAUGAAUGAUGUCCUUUACAGACUAUAUUCCAUUACAGGAGAUCCAAAGCAUCUAUUACUGGCUCAUCUUUUUGACAAGCCAUGCUUUUUGGGGUUGCUUGCUGUAAAGGCUAAUGAUAUAGCUCAAUUUCAUGCUAAUACACAUAUCCCAGUUGUUGUUGGAUCUCAAAUGCGAUAUGAAGUCACCGGUGAUCCGCUUUAUAAGGAAAUUGGAACAUUCUUUAUGGAUAUUGUUAACUCUUCACACAGCUAUGCAACUGGAGGAACAUCAGUGAAUGAGUUUUGGUCUGAUCCAAAUAGAAUGACAGAGACCCUAAAAGAAGGAAACAAUGAAGAAUCAUGCACAACUUAUAACAUGUUGAAGGUUUCGCGCAACCUGUUUAGAUGGACUAAGGAGAUAUCAUAUGCUGAUUAUUAUGAACGUGCAUUGACAAAUGGAGUAUUAAGCAUUCAAAGAGAAACAGAACCUGGAGUUAUGUUAUACUAUCUUCCACAAGGUCCUGGGGCCUCCAAGGCUAUAUCAAAAUUCGGUUGGGGAACUCAGUUUAACUCUUUCUGGUGCUGCUAUGGAACCGGAAUUGAAUCAUUCUCAAAGCUUGGAGAUUCCAUCUACUUUGAAGAGGAAGGGAAAAAUCCUAGUCUCUACAUCAUUCAAUACAUAUCAAGCUCAUUAAACUGGAAAUCUGCUCAAAUCAUGCUUAACCAGACAGUUGUUCCUCCAUCUUCAAUGGAUUCUUUUCUCAGAAUCUCACUCACUUUUUCUCCUACUAAGAAAACUAGUAGUACUUCAUCUACUCUUAACCUUCGGUUACCAACUUGGACACAUAUCCAUGGUGCUAAACUCACAUUAAAUUCUGAUACUUUACCUUUGCCUUCUCCAGGAAACUUUGUGUCAAUCACGCGGAAAUGGAGUGGUAGUGACAAGCUGACCCUUCAAUUUCCCAUUCCCCUAAGAACAGAGGCCAUCAAAGAUGACAGGCCUGAAUAUGCCUCCAUUAGAGCAAUUCUCUAUGGUCCCUACCUUCUUGCUGGACAUAGCACUGCUGAUUGGGACAUUAAAACUGCUUCCAAUGCUUCUAUUACAGAUUGGAUUACUCCAAUUCCAGCCAUUUACAAUACUCAGUUAUUUUCAUUCUACCAACACUUUUCAGGAUCAUCUUUUGUCUUAACAAGUUUAAACAAUUCACUGACAAUGGAAAAAUCACCAAAGCCUGGGACUAGUUUGGCUCUUCAUGCAACCUUUAGAAUCAUUAAUAUCCAAGCAAAACAUUCCUCAAGGCUUUCAACUACACUGAGAGAUUUUAUUGGCAAAUCAGUGAUGUUAGAACCGUUUGAUCAUCCUGGAACACAAGUAGGUUCUGUUUUUGUUCUGGUAGCAGGAUUGGAUGGAAGAAAUGAAAGCAUAUCCUUAGAAUCCAAAAGCCAUAAAGGGUGCUUUGUGCAUAGUGGCAUGAGUUCUGGUAAAGAAGUAAAAAUAAGAUGCAAGUCUAAUUCUGAUGCUGAUGCUUCUAGUUUCAACAAAGAUGCAAGCUUUAUUGCUAGGAGAGGACUCAGAAAAUAUGAUCCUAUAAGCUUUGUGGCUAAGGGAGCAAAUAGGAAUUUUCUACUGGAGCCAUUAUUGGCCUUCAGAGAUGAGUAUUAUACUGUUUAUUUCAACAUUCAAGAGUGAAAUAAAAGGGUGUAACUUUGUUCAAGUAUCAAACAAAAUAAUAGUUGGUGCUUUGUCUUCAAUUGAAGAGCUAAUAAAUGGAGAGUGAAUCUGUGAAUAGUAUGUAUCUGAUCUGCU